CGCACACAGGAGGCCCCGCCCGUCCUGUCCCCGGAAGUGCUUUUUCAGCUCUCGGCGCGCGUGCGCAGGACGAGGUCGUCGUGGUGGCUGCGGCGUCUGAAUAGACCAAGGCAGUGUGUGAGGAGCCCGUGGAUUUAACGAAAUCGUGGGUUUCUCCCCUGGUCUGACAGAGCGCCCAGGGUCUCACCAUGGACUUCCAGCAUCGCCCCGGGGGCAAGACCGGGAGCGGGGGUGUGGCCUCCUCCUCUGAGAGCAACCGGGACCGCCGGGAACGUCUGCGACAGCUGGCUCUAGAAACCAUUGACAUCAAUAAGGACCCCUACUUCAUGAAGAACCACCUGGGCUCCUAUGAGUGCAAGCUGUGCCUGACGCUGCACAACAAUGAGGGGAGUUACCUCGCGCACACCCAGGGGAAGAAACAUCAGACCAACUUGGCCCGGCGAGCGGCCAAGGAGGCCAAGGAGGCCCCCGCCCAGCCAGCACCGGAGAAGGUCAAGGUAGAAGUGAAGAAGUUUGUGAAGAUAGGCCGCCCAGGCUACAAAGUAACCAAGCAGAGGGAUACAGAGAUGGGCCAGCAGAGCCUCCUUUUCCAGAUCGACUACCCCGAGAUUGCCGAGGGCAUCAUGCCCCGACACCGCUUCAUGUCUGCCUACGAGCAGAGGAUCGAGCCCCCGGACCGGCGCUGGCAGUACCUACUCAUGGCUGCUGAGCCCUACGAGACCAUCGCCUUCAAGGUGCCAAGCAGGGAAAUAGACAAGGCUGAAGGCAAGUUCUGGACUCACUGGAACCGGGAAACCAAGCAAUUUUUUCUCCAGUUUCACUUCAAGAUGGAGAAGCCGCCAGCCCCACCAAGCCUUCCCGCUGGGCCUCCUGGGGUGAAACGGCCCCCACCCCCACUGAUGAACGGCCUGCCCCCUCGCCCGCCACUACCAGAGUCGCUGCCCCCGCCCCCACCAGGAGGCCUGCCCCUGCCACCAAUGCCGCCCAGCGGGCCUGCACCCUCAGGGCCCCCAGGCCCACCUCAGCUGCCCCCACCGGCUCCUGGGGUCCACCCACCGGCACCAGUGGUCCACCCACCAGCCUCUGGGGUGCAUCCCCCUGCUCCUGGGGUCCAUCCCCCAGCUCCUGGGGUCCACCCCCCAGCACCAGUGGUUCACCCACCAGCAUCUGGGGUCCACCCCCCCGCUCCAGGGGUCCACCCUCCAGCCCCAGGAGUCCACCCUCCUGCUCCGGGAGUCCACCCUCCAGCCCCAGGGGUCCAUCCUCCCCCAUCUGCUGGCGUUCACCCCCAGGCACCAGUGGUGCACCCACCAGCUCCUGCAGUUCACCCCCAGGCUCCGGGGGUGCACCCAACUCCUGCAGUUCACCCCCAGGCUCCAGGGGUCCACCCACCAGCUCCCGGGGUCCACCCACCAGCCCCUGGGAUCCACCCCCAGCCUCCUGGGGUCCACCCCCCUCCUCCUGGGGUCCAUCCUCCGGCUCCUGGGGUCCAUCCCCAGCCGCCUGGGGUGCACCCCUCAAAUCCUGGGGUGCACCCCCCAACACCCAUGCCCCCGAUGCUGAGGCCCCCACUGCCCUCCGAAGGCCCUGGGAACAUUCCUCCCCCUCCCCCCACCAACUGAAAAGCCACCCCCAUCCUAGCAAGUCUGGUUUGGUUUUCCUGGGUUUUGCCCUCAGAGUAGAGUUUUUUUGUACUGGGCUAGGUGUCCCCAUUAAAGAGUCUGCUGACCCUGAA